CAUCUUUGUUGAGUACCGUCCGUCGUUAGAAUCUUGCUAAUUUUAUUGAAUCCUUUAGGGAAAUUAUAGUGCAGAAGUGUUUGUUGUAUGUAAAGAAUAACUAAGUGUGCAAGGUGCAUAUUCGUUCUAGAAAAUGUAGCGAAUGUCUCCGUUGUGGACAACGGUGUAUUGUCCGUGUUACCAAGUCCAAGUUUAAGCGUCUAGCUGCCGAGAAGGAGAAGUUAGAGGGUCGUAUUAAAGAGAGUCGCGAUGCGCAAGAUGCGGCUAUGAGGCUUCAUAAGAAGGCUCUAGAAGAGUUGCGCACUUAUCAUUUGUUGGAGAGGCGUGCUAAGAAGGCGAUUGCUAUAGAAAGUCGAGAGCUAGAAGAGUUAGAGCGGGAAGGCGUGUUAGAGUUCGACGAGUCUAAUCUAUUAAUUAACUUGUCUCCUAGUACUUGGGGUGCGUUCGCGGAUUUGCCUCUGGAUUACUGGGAGCCUCUUAAGUCGAGCUUGGUUGUUUCUAGUUCAGGUGGUGAUGCGCCCGUCUCCGGUGGUUGAGGU